UGCAUCGGUAUGCUUUAAAUGUUUACUUGUUUAAUAAGCUUAUGAAAAUAUAUGUAUCAACGAAAGGGAAUUUGAAAGCUUUCCUGUUCUUCAAAUUCCCAAAUCCGCAGAAGCUUCCCUAAAUGUUUCCCUAUGCAAUUAACCAUUUUUUUUCUUGUAGACUUCUAAAUUACCCGAUGUAUCAGUUGUAAUAUAUCAAGACGCAAUACUGGUCACUGAAUAUUCAUUUGUGGUUGUUUACAGGUCGGGCACAUGACAUUAUCCGGACUCGAGCGCAUAGAAAACGGAGUCCCACCUGGACACCCAAGAGGUCCUCGGAUGACCCGAGGCCCCAGUUGCAUCCAAGACGCCGCAGAGGAUAGGUGUACAUCUCGUGCUCCAGCCAGUGUUCCUUGUCGUUUCUUCAACUGGAUGUUCGGAACGACUCGAAUCAAGCAACACCAUACUGACGUGCAUGAUCCUGACGCCGUGUUCCCUGUAAGCAUGACAAUCAUAUCGGCAUCCACGGCCGCCUUCCUUGCGAUUUUUAUAAAAAAAGAUGCACACAAAUCUCCAUACAAACGUCCUGAUACGCCUCCGCUGAGGGUGCCCCCCCCUUCUGAGAAUGUGUUCUAUACUCCGCUCGCUGGCCAGGUCCUGACUCGUUUGAUAAUGUAGACAUUUCUGGUAAACAUUGCUCAUCAAGUUAUCGGAAAGUGGUCCCUCCUUUUCCUUCUUUCGUCGAGGAGAUUAUCCAGAUCAACUUUUCCUGCUCUUUCAUCAAAUUCUUCAGGAUUCCAGUAUUUUUCUUGUAACUGAUUUUCCUUGCAUGUUUUUCUUCACGUAAAAUGAGGAAUUAUUGACAGGUUUGGCUACCGUUUCUACAGUCAAGCAAGCCACGCAUUUUGUAAAAUUGUUUUGGUGACAUUACCUGUGAGAGCCUGAAACAGAUUUUUCGACGUCCGUUUGCAACUUGUCUUGUCUUCUAUUUUUCUGAGUGUGAGCUUAUUCCUUCCAUAUCCUUCUUUGUCCUCGGUUCCUCCUCCAUUCUUCGGCUCCUCCAUUAGGGCUGGCUCUUGCUCUGUGCUGUUACUGGAGUUGCUCUUCGGCCGCUCCCGAAUUCAUUUCGGUAGCUGUAACUACUCUAACUUCUCACACAAAUACAAAUCUUGCUGUUUUGAGUUACUGCGACCCAUGUGCAGCAGUUGCAGUCGCAUCCUUUUGUUCGGAGAUACUUAGCUCCACUUUGCAUUCCUCCCACUUAUUUUUUACACAAAUACAAUGCUCCUAUAUUUCUAAGUUCAUACGUUCAGUUCUGAAAAAGUUCUGGGUACGUUUACCCAUUUUGAAAAGAAUAAUUUUCACCAGAUUUUCGAUUUGAUGUUUCAUACAAUACGUUAAUAUGGAUUGUACAUUAAUAAAUGUUUUCGAACGGGAAAAUGUGUACGAAUGGACAUGAAUAAAUUAGUGUUUAUAACUGCUAGUUGCAUGAAUUAUACUGCAGUCAUAUUUAUCUAAUCUGCUGAGCAAAUUAAGUCUUUAAGUAAACUAUGUGAAACUCAGCAUUCUUUAUAAGUAGGUAAAAAUUGAAAGAUUGAGAGCACCAGAAAAUGAGAAAAGACAGCAGCGAGAACAAGGGACGGAGGCUAAAAGGAGGAGCCAGCAAGGGCCGAGCGAAGGCAGCUCAGACGAGGGCUUCUUGAAGCGAGACUUGUCGAGGCGAAAUGUUUCGUGUGGUGGAAGAGCCUUCAUUUCCCCACGGAAUUAAUUGCUAAUGAAUAAUGAUGAUGUCUGACGGUACAAUUUUACUCUCUCUCUGGCGGGCAUAUAAGCAUAAUUAUGUGCAAGCCAAUAGCCUGGCGCCAAGUGGCCAAGAGGCUUCACGUGGGUUGUGCGUUUGCCCGCGUGGGUUUCGACACGAGCGCCCCUGACGGAAUACCAGUAUGAAAUGAGGGUGACCCAGGAUGACCUGCCAGAACGUGCCCCGCAGCCACGCCGUGAACACUGCCAGGCGCUUUCCCUCCCCCGGGGAGCCCCUCUGGGCGCUAGACUAGCUCAAGCACCAUCACAGUUCACGUAAUCGCGUGUUUAUUUAUUUGUGUGUUAUACUCUUUUAUCCUCAAAGAGCCCAUCAGCCCCACAUAGGAGGAAUCAACAUCUUGCUCUCUCUCUCUCCUAUCUCCUUCCACUGUGCCUCCCUCUCUUCCUUUCUCUCUCCUCUCCUCCUCUCCUCUCCUAUCCUCUCCUCUCCUCUCCUAUCCUCUCUCUCUCUUUCCCUGUCUCCAUCUCUCCUUCUCCUUUUCCCAAUACUCAAGGGGUAGAGACCAAUGGAGAGUGACUAUUUUCUAAAAACAUAAAAAGAGGUAAGAAAACAAACGAGUACAAAAGACACGAGAAAAAAGGAAAAAGUCAGAAAAAGAGAACGAAAGGGAAGCGGAAAAGAAUAUAUAUCCCCAAAUGGUAACCUCGUUUUCUGAAAUAGGGCGAAACUUUUAUGACAAUUUUGUGAUCAGCCAUUACUCUUCGAGUCGCCGUGAGGAAGCCUUGCUGGUGCGUGGCGGUGGAGCCGAAGUAAGCCUUUCUCUUCUGUUUAGUUAAAAUCCG